AUGAGCAAGGCGACCAAGCGGCUCUCACGUGCACGACCGGCGUCGUUGCAGCAGUUCCAGUUGAACCAAGGGGUAGGGGUUGGCCAAGGAUAUGGGAGCCAGGAUGGGUAUACGAACCCCAGCCCGGUGACAACGCGCCGUGGGGAGUCGCCUAGUUUGAGCGUCGGAGGGUAUGAAGGGCAGGUGGUGGACUAUGGGCAGGAUGGACAGAGCGUUAGCGUUGGCGACCACCAAAAUUACACAGAACACAAACACCCGUAUCACCCGCCGCCAGACUCGCCAACGAUCCACGCACCCACACCACGGCGACACCUCCUUGACACCUCCGCGAGCCAGCACUGGCUACACACGCCUCCUUUGUCUCCCUCAUUAUCGGCUAUAUCCUCUCGCUCGCGCCCCGUCUCACCUCUCGCGUAUACACACCACACCGCUGUCUCCACCACCUCUCAGAGUCAAAAUCCCUCUGCCAACUACACCUCCAACUACGGCCCCAGCUACGGCUAUGCAGGAUUCUUGAACGAGCGGGUCCUAGCCUACCAAAAGCAGCAGCAGCUCCUCCAAUUCCCCGGGCUCAGCCAGCACCAAGGUUCGAGCUCGACUUCCCUUUCCUCCUCUACCUCCGCCUUCCCUGUCUCCUCGUCGGGUGCGGGCAUGGGAUCAGCAACGCUCCGGAAACGCCUCUCAACGCAGUCCUUCAGCGCUGGGGGAGGACCGGGCCACUCGAGGAGCUUUAGCGCGCUGCUGGAGCACGAGCAGAUGGUGCACCAGAAGCAGCAGCGGAGGGGCUCGGGCUCGAGUGUGCAGGGGAGUGUGAGAGGGGGGUUCGGAUUGGGUGUGGGAGGAGGAGGGGUAGGGGUGAAGGAAACGGAGGAGCCUGGGAUGGGACGGCGGUGGGUGCGGUGGAUGCAUAAACGCGGGCUGCGGGCAUGGGUCGUCCCUGCGAUCCUCGGUGCGGGUGCGCUAGUGCGCUUGGGGAUUGGGUUGGGCUCGUAUUCCGGCGAGGCCACGCCUCCAAUGUACGGUGACUACGAGGCGCAGCGGCACUGGAUGGAGCUGACUGUGCACCUCCCGAUGCGCGAGUGGUACACGUACGACCUGCAGUACUGGGGCCUCGAUUACCCUCCGUUGACCGCGUACGUGUCGUGGAUCUGCGGUGUUAUCGCGCACUCCAUCGACCCUUCCUGGGUCGCCCUAUACGCCUCACGCGGGCUCGAGAGCGCGUCGAGCAAGCUCUUCAUGCGCCUCUCCGUGCUCGCGUUCGACACCCUCGUCUACCUGCCCGCCUUGUUAGGGUUCGUUGGGAUAUGGCAUGCCGCGCGAUCACCACGCACGAGGGAGGUCGCGCUCCUCACGCUGGUGCUGCAGCCGGCGCUACUGCUGGUGGACUUUGGGCACUUUCAGUAUAAUUCGGUCAUGCUUGGCUUUACGCUGCUCGCGAUGAACGCGUUUGCGAGUGGCGCGGACUUGCUCGGCGCGGUGUUCUUCGUGCUCAGCUUGGGCUUCAAGCAGAUGGCACUAUACUACGCGCCGGCGGUCGGGUCGUACCUCCUCGCCAAGUGUCUCUAUCUCGGACCCAAAGAAGGGACACGCCUAUUCACCAGCCUCGCGCUAACAACCCUCCUCACCUUCUCCCUCCUCUUCUCCCUUUCACUCCAACCCCUCCUCGCCGGUCCCAUUCACCGCACCUUCCCAUUCACACGCGGCCUGUUCGAGGACAAGGUCGCGAACUUCUGGUGUGCGUCCAACGUCGUGCUCAAGUGGCGCAAGUGGGCGGCGCAGGGGGCGUUGGUGAGGUUGUCGGCGGGGCUGACGGCGUUGGGGUUCUUGCCUGCUGUGCUGGGCAUGGGCAGGGCGGGAUGGGUUCUAGGGAGGGGUGGGUGGUUUGCCAAGGGUGAGGAGAAGGAAGGGAAGGAGAAGGUCGAGGACGUGGUGAAGGAGGAGAAGGAAAAAGCAGAGGUUUUCUCGGCUUCGGAACCCCCGCCGUUCCUACCCUUGCUUCCCUACGCGCUCCUGACAUCGGCGAUGUCGUUCUUCCUGUUUUCGUUCCAGGUGCAUGAGAAGACGAUCCUCGUCCCGCUCUUGCCGAUGACGCUCCUGCUCUCUGGUGCCCCAGUCGACUCGCCAGUGUAUGAGUGGGGCAUGUUGGCGAAUAAUAUUGGCGUUUUUAGUAUGUGGCCGUUGUUGAAGAGGGAUGGACUCGGUGUGCAGUAUAUUGCGCUGUUGGCAUUGUGGAAUAGGGUGGUGGGGCAUCAUCCCGUGAGGAUGCCAAAAUCGUUUGUCCAACUGCUGUCUACCGUCGUCUACAUCGCCGCCUUCUCUCUACACCUCCUCGAGCUCGUCGCAAAUCCACCACAACGAUACCCCGACCUAUAUCCAGUGCUAAACGUAUUAAUUAGCACCCCUGUAUUCGUGCUCGUGUGGCUGUGGAGUAUUAAAUGCGGGGUGGAAGUGGGGUGGGCGCUUGGUGGCUGGGGCGGCAGUAGCAACAGCAGCAGGACCCUAACGCGGAGCGGGGUACAGCACGGAGAGCGGAAGGUCUCGGAGGAUACCAGUGGGGUGGCAGCUGGAGGACCCGGAUCAGCGAGUGUCAGUGUCAGUGGCGGGAGUGAGGCGAGUGCACCAGGGCUGGCGAAGAGGCGGACGGCGCGUAGGGGAUCCAUUGUGCUUAGUACAGGGGGAGAGGAGUAG